GGUAGAGUGCUUCUUGCUGGCAGGAGGAAGGGAUUUGUGGCGGGCUCUUGUUCCCCGAGCUGGGGAGGGACGAAAUGGAGAUGGUUCUAAACAGGUAGGAGGCCGAGAGCGAGAUCUUCCUCCAUCCCUGAUGGAGCCUUUGAGGAACAUAUUCGGGAGAGCCACCUGGAACUCUCCGAAGUCCCCCGUGGCCGAGGACGCCGAGGCGGCGUACGUCAACCCCAUCUGGACGGCCCUGUUCGACUACGAGGCCCACGCCACCGACGAGCUCACCCUGCGCAAGGGCGACCGGGUGGAGAUCCUCUCCAAGGACUCGGCCAUCUCCGGCGACGAGGGCUGGUGGGCGGGUAAGCUGCACAACCGGGUGGGCAUCUUCCCGGCCAACUACGUGUCCUUCAAGCCGGCCGGCUUCGCCAAGCUGCCCGGCGGCCAGGCGGAGGAGCUGCCCACCCCGCGGGAAGUGGCCUUCGGCGAGCUGACCCUCCAGGAGGUGAUCGGGGUCGGGGGCUUCGGCAAAGUGUACCGUGCCACCUGGAGGGGCCGGCUGGUGGCUGUGAAGGCCGCCAGGCAGGACCCCGACGAGGACAUCAGCACCACGGCCCAGAGCGUCAAGCAGGAGGCACGGCUGUUCGCCAUGCUCAGGCACCUCAACAUCAUCGGGCUGAUGGGCGUCUGCCUGCAGGAGCCCAACCUCUGCCUGGUCAUGGAGUACGCGUCGGGAGGGGCGCUGAACCGGGCCCUGGCCGGCCGCCGGAUCCCGCCCCACGUCCUGGUCAACUGGGCCGUGCAGAUCAGCCAGGGCAUGAAGUACCUCCACGACGAAGCCAUCGUCCCGGUCAUCCAUCGGGACCUCAAGUCCAACAACGUUCUGCUGUUCCAGCCCAUCGUGGAUGAUGACAUGGAGGGGAAGACGCUAAAGAUCACCGACUUCGGACUGGCCCGCGAGUGGCACAGGACCACGAAAAUGAGCACUGCUGGCACGUACGCCUGGAUGGCCCCCGAGGUGAUCAAGACGUCAACGUUCUCCAAAGGGAGCGACGUAUGGAGCUACGGGGUGCUGCUCUGGGAGCUGCUGACAGGCGAGGUCCCCUACAAAGGGAUUGACGGCCUUGCUGUUGCCUACGGUGUGGCGGUCAACAAGCUUACGCUCCCGAUCCCGUCAACGUGUCCGGAGAUGUUCGCUCAGUUGAUGUCAGAAUGCUGGGAUGAGGACCCGCACCGGCGGCCGCAGUUCGCCUCCAUCUUGGAGCAGCUGACCGCCAUCGAGGAGCAGGUGUUGCUGGAGAUGCCCCAGGAGUCGUUCCACUCCAUGCAGGAGGACUGGAAGCUGGAGAUCCAGGACAUGUUUGACGAGCUGAGGGCCAAGGAGAAGGAGCUGCUGUGCCGCGAGGAGGAACUGAAGCGGGCGGCGUUGCAGCAGAAGUCGCAUGAGGAGUCCCUGCGCCAGCGGGAGCACGCGCUGGCGCAGUGGGAGCUGGACGUCUUCGAGCGCGAGCUCAGCCUCCUCAUCUACCAGAUGAACGCCGAGAAGCCCAACGUGAAGAAGCGGAAGGGCACCUUCAAGAAGAACAAGCUGAAGGUGAAAGAUGGCCAUCGCAUCAGCCGGCCCAUCGAUUUCCAGCACAAGCUGACCGUCCAGGCCUCCCCGGUUCUCAAUAAGAAGAAAGGCUUGUUUGAUGUCAGCUCCAGCUUGGCCAAUAACUCGACCUUUGUCCCACGGCUGAGGGCAAUACAGUUGAUUCCCAAUGAGAACAAUGGCGCGUGGAGCAGGUGUCCUGCCUGGGGUCCCGAGAGCUCCGAUGGGGAGGACUGUGGCAAAGGAGAGAGGAGACCUGGAUGCACCCAGCGAAACAACGCCAAUAAGCCCUGGGAGCUGCCGGCUGAUGGAAGGACAAGACUUCGAGUGGACAACGAAAUAUGGAUUGGUGAAUCCGGGGACGAAGGAUCAACUCCGUCUUCGACUAACUCCACUGGAGACUCUAAUCCGGCCGACGACACCAGGAGCGACGAGCAGCUCCCCGUCGAUGCCCCUCACCUACCUCAGGCCACCGCCGACCGCGCCGACGACGGCGGGCCGGGCGAAGGCCGCUGGCCGCUGAAGAGCCCGCGCCGAGCGCUGCUAGCCAGCGCCGCCGUGCUGGCCUCGGUGGCGCUGGGACGCAGCCUGCAACGCCUGCGCCUGGCCGACUCCACGACGCAGGAGGGCCCCCCGGGCUGCGGCAACGGCGGCUCGCCACAGCUGACGCACUGCAAGAAGGCCCGGAAGGAGGCCGGCGAGCCGCCCGGCGACCUCAUCCGCUUCUCCGACGGCCUGGACCCGUCCGAGGUGCUGAUCGACCUGGCGCCUGCCAGCGGGCGGCCGCUGCUGCUGCCCGGGCCCCCGGUGACCCCAAGGAGGGAGCGCAGGCGCGUUGUCAGCGGGAGCAGGCCGUCGGAAAUCAGCGCCGACACUGCAGGAGAGACUAACUCCCCGGCGAGGCUGAGGGACCAGGACACGUCUGGCUUCCCCCGCGUCCCCGAACACCCCUGGGCCUGGCAGCGAGCGGAACACCCCAAGACGGCGGCCCUCCCCCGGCCCCGGCCCUCCCCAGCGCGCGCCAGGAUCGACCCCUGGAGCUGCGUCUCCACCGGCCCCAGCGACCCGAGCCGGGCCCCGGGCGGCCCGGCGCCGGACCCCUUCGGCACGCCGGGGCCCCGGCCCCCCUCGCCCGGCAACCCCUUCCGCCCGCCCCAGCAGGGCGGCGCGCCCUGGGAGCGCCUCCGGACCCCGGGACCCAGGAACCCCUUCGCCCCGGCGCCCGCCUCCGGCUCCCUCGCCGACGGAGCCGGCUUCUCGAGCUGCCCCUUCUCCGGACUGAGGUUCAGCCCCUCCGGGAGGCCCCCGCCGUUCCUGCCGCCGGCCGCCCAGCACCAGAGCCUCAUCAACCUGGACUCCGAGGCGUGGGCCAAGGACUCCCCGCCACCCGGCUGGGACGUGGGAAAGUCAGUGCAGGGAUGAGGACUCGCUAAUCCUGAUUGGAAGCGUUUUUCCCGCCCCCCCCGCCCCCUUACCUUGGACUCCAUCCGCCGGACCGUCAGAGAGGGAAAGGCGGGCAUCUCUUGCCAGGUGCCAGCUGGGAAUCAUUUCCCCCAAUCGAGCUCGGACAAAGACUGGGAUGCGCGGGCGUGAGGCUCUCCCUCGCCGGUGCAUCCGCCCGCGAAGCGUGAGCGUGGGAGGGGGACGCAGAACGGGGGACCGCGGCCUCUGGGCCGAGCAAGACCCGCGGGCGGUCACAGCUGGCCCUUCUGGGCCUCGUGGUAUUUUUAGGAAAAUAAGUUUUACAAAAGAGGGACCAAAAAAAAAAAAUUAUUAUUAAAUAAAACUUUCUGACCU